CUGGUGUUACACGUGUCCCCUGGAAUGGAUGGGAAAAUGGAAUGUUUCUGGAGAUGGCCUCGUUAUAAUAUAUAGACAGAGCCCCCGCCGAUCGAGCGCUAUCCAUACCCGACGGAAAAUGAACCAGAGUCAACGCCGGAGGGUUGACCAGACCGGAGAUUCUUCGGAGAACCCGGGGAUUCUCGACGAGAGAUUGCUUGUGCUUGUGUUUGGUUCGAUGAGGUGGGAUAUUCACGCGCUGUGUCAAACGGCGUCGUUGAACACGAAAUCGCGAGCCCUAGCGAAGCGGCUGCUAUGGCGGGAGCUCUGCGUGUACCGCGCGCCGCGCAUGAUAGCGUCAUUGACGAACGGCGCGGCGAACGCGCGGAUCGGCGGGGGGUGGUCGGCGAUGGCGAAGCUGCUGUUCUACUGCUGCGGGUGCCAGUCGAGCCGGCAUUUCGAGCUGGGCGACCCGUCGCCGGGGCACCUGGCGAAGGAGACUCGGUUCUCGAAGACGUCGGGGCGGAGCUUUUUGGUGAAUAAGUGUAGAGGCGAUGUUUUGUACGUGAGCGACCCGUGCGAGCACCCGUCGGGGGACCGAGGGGACGAUUUGGGGAUCUACAGAGGGGUAUUUGGGGGAUUCAUGAAGUCCAGAACCAGGGCUUGUCUGAUCCGAAGACAGGUCGGGCUUGAAGAGCGAGUGAAGUGCCCCUACUGCGGCGCCCGAGUGUGGAGCAUGACGGCCGCGCGUCUUAUCCCUAAGAGCGCCGCUCGCCGCCUCGGCUCGCUCGACGGCGGGUCGGAAUAUUUCGUGUGUGUCAACGGCCACUUACACGGCGCUUGUUGGCUCGUGCCUCUGUCGUCCGAGGAGGGCAGCGAGGGAGAAGGAGGUGACAGAGACGAAGAAGAAGAGGUUGCCACGGGUAAUGCAAUUGCAAAUGGAUCUUAGGCUUGGGGGUUGAAAAGUAUGGAAUUUUCAACUGGCUGUAAUAAUGUAAUGUUCUGUUAUGGAUAUGGAAUUGACCUUUGUUCAUACAAAAA